UGUUCGGGUUUUCUCCCGCGUAAAAUUGGAAGUGUCUUGGCGACGUUUCGACGAAAUCCCAUUCGUCAUCUUCAGGCUGGUGUCUUCAGCUUCGUGCUUCGAGCAGCAAAUAUAUAUAUUUGGAGGCACAUUUUCUAAAAAGUCAACUAGUAGGAGAUUCGGGCAUUUUACUGCCUUACUUUAAAGGGAAAUCUCUUGUUAAGUCAUUUCUAAUUCAUUUUUUCUGCAUGACUACUCAUGAAAAUUGUGAAGGGCAUUUUUUUAGGGGGGAGAAAGAUCCAAUGUUUUUCAAAAUUGGAUUAAUGUGUCUUAUAAUUUGUUUUGCACUCCAAGUUCAAGGAAGCAAAGAACCCUCUAAUAAAAUUAACCAUAAUGAAGCCAAACAUCUGACAGAUGAUUCAGGCUCUGAAAAGUCAGAAAACUUGGCAAAGAGGUCCAAAGUGUCAACUAUUCGGAGGGUAUUUGACAUGGCCAAACAUCGAACCAAGAGAUCCUCUUUUAUCUCAACUGGAGUGAAGGUCUGCCCUCAAGAAUCAAUAAAGCAAAUUUUAGCAAGCCACCAAGCUUAUUAUAGGCUAAGAGUUUGCCAGGAAGCAGUAUGGGAGGCUUUCCAGAUCUUUUUGGAUCGGAUUCCAGGUACAACCGAAUAUCAGAACUGGGUGACAGCUUGUCAGAAAGAAACUUUCUAUAUAUUUGACAUUGGGAAAAAUUUUAGUAAUUCCCAAGAACACCUGGAGAUAAUUCAAAGGAGAGUAAAGCAUAGGACAUUCCAGGAUAGAAAAGAGGACAUUUCUGCAGAAAAAUCCAGUGGCAAGAAAUCUGAAGAACCACCUUCUGUCGCUACAGUGAUCUCUACAGAUACCAUUGUGAAUGAGAUUGUCAAUGACAGCAAAACAUCAGGAAAGCUAAAGCUAGAAGUUCCAAACAUCAUUUCCAAGCUGCCUGUGGAGCAGACAGUGGAGUUCAGUGUCACUCUCAACAACCAAGAGUAUACACCAGACCUGAAUAACCCAGCUUCUCCUCUGUAUCAGAAACUAGCAGCAAAAUAUCAGCUCCAGAUGCAAAAGAUAUUUGAAAAACUUGCAGGUUUCAAAGAAAUUCGUGUCUUAGGAUUUAGACAGAAGAAGGAAAAAGAUGGGACAAGCAGCACUGUGGCACAAUAUAUUGUCAAUUUUGCAAGAGAUGGUUCAGAAUUACCUGCAGGUGGUACUGACACCCAAAAAAUUGAAAGCGAGAAGAGCACUCUUGGUGAAGAGAGGGAGAUGCCUACAUUUGUACCGAAAAUAACAGACCUCGAGCAGAUCGUUGCCAAACUCCUACAAGAAGAUAAAUCAUCAUUUGUGGACUUUGAAACACUCCAGUUUAAGGAUGAAAUCAUCAGGCCGUCUAGUGAUAUAAAUAAUGAUAUGCAGUCAAUGGUAACAGAUGCUCUAGCUGGAGCUGAGUUGACCUCUGAAAUGUCUUUCAUUUAUGCAAAUGUAGCAACAGUGACAAAAUCCUUUAUUGAAGUAGAUUAUCCAGUCUCCACCAUGUCUUCUACUGUCUUGGAUACCACAGGGAUUCUCUUUCCUUCAACAUUUAAAGAAAUCACUACUCAGAAGAUUGAAGAUGAAAUGACAAAAUAUCCAAUUCCCAGCAUCCUGCCCGAACAAGAGGAAAAGACUACAGAACAACUGGAAUCUUCGGGGGAGGAGGAUUUGCUGCCCUUGACCACAAUGCCAUCUGUCAUUCAUUCCACUGUUCUUCCACGAGAUGAUAUUUUAGAGCCUACAGAUCAAUUGACUUUAUUGCCAGAAGAUACCUCCAGUGGCCCUUCCACUGACAUGGACCAAGUUUUUGAAGCAACAAGCUCCAUGUGGGCAACCUCAACUGGUUUUGAAAUGGGAGUUGCCACUGACUUAGUUAUCACUGACAUGAUGGCCCCAGUGGCGGAGGAGGAGGAGGAGGAGGAGGAAAAGGAGGAGGAGAAGGAGGAUGAGGAGGGAAGUGGCUACCAUACAUUGCCAGAAACCCAAGGUAUGACUCCAACUCCUUCCUUGAAGUAUAUAACCACAAGCUCCAUGACAGCUGCAAUCCAAGGCCAAGAGCUGGUGGUAUUCUUCAGCUUGAGGGUGACCAACAUGCACUUUUCCAAUGACCUCUUCAAUCAGAGUUCUCCUGAGUACAAAGCACUUGAACAACAGUUCGUACAGCUGCUGGUUCCAUACCUACAAUCCAAUCUUACAGGAUUUAAGCAGUUGGAAAUACUGAAUUUCCGAAACGGAAGCGUGAUUGUGAAUAGUAAAAUGAGGUUUGUGGAGUCAGUGACAUACAACAUCACAGAGGCUAUUCACUUUGUGUUGGAAGACUUCUGCGAUACAGUAGCUCAGCAUCUUAACCUGGAAAUUGACAGCUCUUCUCUUGAAAUAGAGCCAGCGCAUCAAGCGGACCCUUGCAAGUUCUUGGCAUGUGAUGAAUUCUCACAGUGCCUAAAGAAUGACUGGACAAAGGAGGCAAUUUGUCUUUGUAAACCCGGUUAUGUAAGAAAAGAUGGCCCACUUUGCCGUAGUAUAUGUGAGAUGGAGCCCCACCUUUGUGCUAACAGUGGCAAAUGUGAAUUGGUUCCAGAAAGAGGUGCAGUGUGUAGGCCCCAGGAUACAAAACAAAAAAUAACAAGUUAGCAUCUGAAAUUCUGAAUCCCAGAGUCCAUGAAGGUGCUUUAGGAACAGGAUCUCUUCUAACAUGGAAGCUCAGUGGAAUCUUUGAGGAAGGAGAACUACAAAAUCCAUCUUUUUCUUCCCCAGAAAAAUAUGGAACAUUUUAACUGAAGUUUAUCUCUGCCAUUUUUUAAAAAAUAGGCAGAAGCUGCAAUUAAUUUCCUCAAAACUAACUUCAUAGCAUCCUUAUCAACAUGAAUGCAAUGCUAAAUGUAACGUAUUUUGUAGAUACUCAGAUACUCCGUGUGAUAAAUAUUUUUGUUGCUUAGUUGUAAGUCAAGUCCAUGUAUUACAUGUUCAAAUGUGGCAAAAGUUCUAAGUUCCAACAGCAGUGACAUAUGAUGGGUCCUUGCACUUACAACAGUUGUAGCAUCCUACAGUCAUGUGUUUGCCAUUUGCAAUCUUCCCAGCUAUCAUCUAAUCAGCAAAGUCAAUGGGGAAGCCAGCAGGAGUUGGCAAAUGUCACACAAAGCAUAAUGACUAUUCGAAUUUAAAGAUUUAUUUUUUAAGGAAUCUGACUGUAAAUAUCAAGCUACUUUUAGGAAGAAAUAUGUUUGCUGUUAUCGUUAAAUAUAUAAGUUCCAUAGAAUAGAGACACUGAAACAUAAAUAUGAUUGUUAGUUCUGUAUAAGACUUAUCUUCCUAUCUAUGGGAGCAUUUAGCUUUAAACUGCUCUUUAGAAGGCCAGAUCCUAAAGUUGAAACUCGAAUACUUUGGCCACCUAAUGAGAAGGAAGGACUCACUGGAGAAGAGCCUAAUGCUGGGAAAGAUUGAGGGCAAUAGAAGAAG